UCUCGUGUCUCGGUUGCCGCACUCAAAGUAGCCUUUUCUGGGGGUUUUUCCGACUGUCCUAGUGAAAUAUGAACGAUUUCAAUCACAAAAGUGUUUUCGUCCUGGACCACACGCCGUACUUUGGCAUCUCCAGCCAGUCGAGCGUGAAUCUGGACUUCUUGGGCUCAAAAGCCAUCCUGCUUCCGCCGUCGCCGCUGCCCAUCAUAAGCAAGAGCCUCUGGACGUGUUCCGUGGAGGCCACAGUUGAGUACUGCAGGAUUGUGUGGGACCUGUUUCCCCUGGGGAAGUUCGUGAGAUUCAUCGUGAGCGAUAGCGCUGCCCAUAUCGUGAACACCUGGAAUGCCUCAACUCAGAACACAGUUCACGUGCUCAAUGCCAUGUCUAUGAUCGGCACUCCGCCCCGAUCGGCCGGCCAGGUGACUGAGUACUCGGUGAUUCAUGGCCUCAGGGCGGCAAUCGAAGCGCUGGCGGAGCCGACAGAGUACCAGCGAGAGUGCAUAGCUACCAUCCACGCGGGAGACGCCAAGAAGCUCGUGAAUCGCGGCCGAAUCAUCUGCAUCACGUCCGCGAGGGAUGACGCCAGCAUGAAGAGUCUGGAGGAUAUCGUACACACCGUCCUCAUUCAGCAAAACUCGAUGUCGACCAACCACGAGGACUCCUUCGUCAUCUCCAACGUGCAUUUGGUCAUCGUGAACAUCUGCCCGUCCAACGCAGAACUCCUUGUUUCCAACAGACCUCUGAGGGACAUUUCGCCCAUCCUCAAGUCCGAAAUACACUCAGUCAGAGCCUCAGACAUCUCAAAUCUCCUGACACACCUCAUCUUGCUGCACUACGACUUGGCCAGCACCACCGUGACGGGAAUUCCGAUGAAGGAGGAACAGAACGCCAGCUCCAGUGCCAACUAUGACGUGGAGAUUUUUCACAGCAGCAUCGCCCACUCAGUGAUCUUGGGCAAUGAGCUGGUGUUGCCCAAGAGCACGAAAGAGGGUGCAAACUACGAAACUGUCACUCUCAAAUGGUGUACUCCUCGGGGUUGUGGAUCGUCGGAGAUGCAGCCAUGCCUCGCUCAGUACAGAGUCACUCCGGUGGACGUGACGUCUCGGCCCAGCUCCUGCCUCAUCAACUUUCUCCUGAACGGACGCUCUGUGCUGCUGGAAAUGCCACGGAAGUCCGGCGGAAAGCUGACGAGUCACUUGCUGUCUGCCCACGGAGGGGAAAUCUUCAUUCACUCCCUGAGUAUCUCGCGGAGUAGUUUGGAGGAUCCCCCUUCGAUAUCUGAGGGCGUUGGUGGCAGGAUAACUGACUACAGAAUCCCAGAUUUUGGCAGUCUCAUGCAGCGCUUCAAGCUGAUCCCUCUGAGGCCGAUUACUGAGCGUCCGAGAGAUGAGAAUCUCUCAAAGUUGCGCCGCAAACUGUACAGAAGCACCAAGUACUGGCCAAUCACUCUCGGAUCGACCAUCUUGUACAGUGUUCGGCAGUUUGUCGACCCUCUGCUCAGCCUCAUCAACAAGCCUGAGCUCACAGAUGAAGACAUCAUUCAGUGUCAGCAGGUGGUCUACAAUCUGGUCAGUCUGGAGGCUCGCCAUGAGCAUCUUCCGUUGCCAAGCAUGGGACACAGACUCAAGGGGAGCAAGAAGGAAGAUCAGUACCGCCUGUUCUGGUCGGAACUGGAAAUUUUGGUGGCCACAUCGGGAAAUUCAGUGGGACACAAAACCGUGCUGGCCUGCAUACGCGAGUGCCGCUCUCGCGGAUCGGAUUCAGCGGAGAAAUUCACAUUCGACGUAGCUCACCGGGAAUUUGAGGUCUCGGAAGCCACACACAAGGCCAACGUAAUCAGAGCUACAACAGACUCUCCAAUGUCACCACCAUCUGCUGUGGACAUGUCAGCGAUUGGGAAGAAGUUCUCAAGUGGCGAAAACAGAUCUCUUUUGGACAUCAUCACUGCGUCUGAGAAGAAUGCUGUACAGAAGAGACUUGAUUUUGGGGGCAGAUUGUGCACUGCUCCCGGACAAAUUGCCAAGCUAUAUCCUAAUCUGGGGAUCAAAGAGCCUCCAUCGCGGGACGCAGAGAUGAAAUGAUAAAUUCGGUAAAUACAUUCACUAUUCAUAUUCUAUUCAUUGCAAUGAAUUCAAUUACUGCAGUGUGAAUGUCUCAGCUCCGCGAUCAACG